AUGGCACCACUCUCAUUCCUUGACCUUCCAAUGGAAAUCAAGCUCAAAAUCCUUCACGAGGUAGUUUAUACACCCAACCCAGAGCAAGAAGACAAGUUCGAUAUGUAUAUCGAGUGGACCCCAAAUGAAGGUUUUAUUGUGUCCGAAGAUGUGAAUCCAUUCUCGCUUUUCCUAGUCAACAAGUCCUUCUCUGUCCUUGCGCAGCAGAUAUUUUGGAGCCAGAAUCGGUUCUCAAUAUUACCCCCGGAACACGUCCUGGUAUUCAGCGGCGGCAGCGAUGAUCACAUACCAUCUUCGCGAUAUGCUGCAAGCUAUUUUGUGUCACAAAUCGGAGUCUUACAACCUCUCCCGUAUCUGCGGUCUCUGGAUCUUCGAAUGUUUGAAAACAGAGAAGAGGAAGAAAUUCGAUCAGAUUGGUUCGCCGUUUUGGAUCAUGCCAUACAUCAAGGCCGCCUUAAUCUGGAUUUCUUAUCAAUUAAUUUAACUUUCUACGAUGAUCCAGAUUGGGAGUCGAUGCCACACGACCCUAAUCAACUGCUCUCUUUUAUCAAAAGCUUCGUCAACGGACAUACUAUGUUAGGAUAUGGUAUAGGAGUAUCAUGGCCGGCCAAGGGCUCCCUAAGAAAAUGGAGAGAUGCCGCCAUCGUGGAAACAAGGUUUUAA